ACAAAAUGAAUUAAUGUUUUUAAUUUAAGUGUUUCAAAAUGGCUGACAUAAACACUGCACCGAAGUUGCCGAAGAAUCGGAAACUUGGUAAAAACAAAAAGAAGUCAUGGAGAGCGUCCCGAGUCCAGGACAUAGAAGAGUUUCUUCAUGACGAAAGACGUCAGUUAUUGACUGGAGGUUUGGUUUCAGAAAAAAGUGAUGAAAGCCUCUUUGUAUUAGACAGUGGUAUUAACAAGAAGAAUGAUGCAGAAGAUGCCACCCAAGGUCCCCGAAGCAAGAGAGCCCGCAAAGACAAAGCUCUAAAGUGCCUCUCCCUCCUUCUACCAAAUCCCCACAGCAAGUCAGUGAGAAAGCCUGAUGAUAACAAUUUCCAGAGAGGGAAACGAAGUCAGCCUGUUUUGGAACGUGUUCAAAAGAAGGCGAGGUCACAAAGAAGAGUUGCAGCAGAAGCUCAGAGUCAGAAGUCUGCACAAGUGAGAGAGAUUAGAAGGGCAAAGAAGAGGGAACUCCCCACUGUAGACUCAGACCUAUGGGCAGAUUCAGAUGAUGGUACUCCUGUGACAGUCAAGCCCCCGAAGAGAUACAGGAAAAAACCCAGUGCUUUGAAUGCUACAGUAGUACCUCACCCAGGAGCUUCAGUGAAUCCAGCCUAUGAGGAUCAUCAGGGCCUUCUUCUACAAGCUCGUGUUUUAGAAGUUGGCAAGGUUAAAAAGGAGAAAAAAGUGUACAAUUCCUUAGAUGCAAAGUUUCCCUCCAGAGAAGAUGCUCCGAAUGAGUCAACAUAUUUGGAGGAAAUGGCAGCAGGGCUUGUCGAUGACUCUGAUGAAGAAGAAGAAAGUGAUGCAGAUGCUGAGGAGCCCAUUGCCAUCAACCCUCCAGUGCGGCGGGAAGAUAGAAAGACGAAGAAGCAGAGACGAGUAGAGAAAGACGAAGAAGUGAAGCUGAAAGAGAAAAGGGCAAAGAAUGAUGUCAAACAACGGGAAAACAUGGUGCUAAGGAUACCUUCCAUAAAAGCUCAGCUCAACAAAGAAGAUAGAAAGCAACAACAGAGAGCUGCAAAAAAGCAAGUUUUGAAGGAACAGAUGAAGUUCAGGACAAAAAGACUUGGAAAAAUUAAAUAUGAAGAACCUGAUUUAGACUUGAAGUUGUCCACAGAGCUUGUAGGGUCACUUAGGGAAGUCUUGCCUGAGGGCCAUGUGAUCAGCGAUGUGUACAAGAGCUUACAGAGAAGGAAUAUGACAGAACCAAGAGUGCGACAGAAGAAUAAACGGAAGUAUAAGCCAAAAGUGUUUGAGAAGAAAGGCCAUAAAGAAGUCACAUUGUGAUGCUGAUUUGGUGGUUGUUUUUUUGUUUUAUGUAAAUAAAAGAUUGGUGAAAGUCA